AAUAAUAAACUUUUUUUUUUUUUUUUAAUGAUCAAAGAGUCAAAGGUGAAAGUCAAAAGACUCUUUGAGGUGGCUUUAAAUAAAUAACUUAUUUUAGAUAAGUGAAAACUGGUUUUGGUCAGAUCUGGUUUAGCCAUGUGAGUGGGUGAUAAGCAGUGUUGGAGAGUAACUUUACAUGAAACGGAAUUACAUAAUUUAAUUACAAAAUAAAUGUAAUCAGUUACAGUUACUGAAAAAAAUUAUAAUGAUUACAAAGGGGCUUACAUGAAUAUUUUCACACGCACACAGAUUUGAUUUCUUUCCUAAAUUGCAUUAACUGCUCUAAAAUAUAAAACUCCAAUGUUUCAGGAGUUUAUGGCAGAGUAUGACACAUGCUUAUUCGAUAGCAUUCUGUUUUAUUUCCUAUUUGGGUUUAUGUAUAUGCUUUCUUUUUUAAGAUUAACAGUUUUUCCCAAUGCAUUGUUAGAUGCCAGUGUUUCCUGUUGUAGCUAUGCAAGUACUCGAUUUCAAGUACAGUAUCAUAACUAUUAAACUGUAUCUUAUGAAUUUAAAUCCGUAUUUAACCUCAGAAUCAUCUCAAGGUAAAAAGAGGUGCUAAAGUCGGAUUUUGUGGUGGCUGUGCUUUAAAAUUAAAUGAUUAUAAUCUUAAUUCAAGCGAUGAAGGAUUUUGAAAGUCUGACAGUAAUCAGUGUUGAGUUGUACUGUAAGGUUAACCCUGCCUGAGCAAUAUUGCAAAAGCACCAGAUAGAUAGAGAGAUAGAUAGAUAGACAGAGCUCUCCUUGGGGAUAUCAAGCUUUAACCGUUGAGAACACCUGUUGAUAUCUUCUCGUGAUUUCCAGCGCCUUCACCACAGGGCGGAGCUACAACCGUGUUUUACAAAGCGAGCUUGACGUCUGCAGACAACAAGCGCCAUCUGUUUACCUUCUCAUUCCAGCUUAAAUCAAUACGUCGAACGGCUGUGGAAUAUGGUGACGAAGCGAAUUAGGUCCGAAUACAUGAAGAAAUUUAAGGAUCCGAAAUGGGACACUUAUGCAAAAUGUUAUGAGGAUUUGCUGAAGUACAGACUGUCAAGACGGCUGUUGGAGCAAGCGCACAACCCCUGGUUUUGGGGAGAAUGGGGGAGCGAGACAGGCUCCACUGGUAAAUCUACUCCUCUGAGUCGGAAUAAAGUUGAACCUGAGAGGCUCCAUGAAGAGAAACCAGAACGAUCUGCAUGUGUGACACCUGAACCUGAACCAGAACCACAGGCAGAAGACACUGCGGACACCACAGAGCUCGUUACCAGAGUAGCUGAGCAGAGUCAUCAAGAGGGGAAGGAAGAGAGAGCCAGAGAAAGCUCUCCUGCUCUCAACCCAGAAACUGACACGCAUAUCCUGAACACACCAAAGAGCAAACACCUCUCCUCACACAAGUAUUCAAGAUCAAAAGUCAAGCCUCAUGCCACCAAAGACCCUGAAAAAGAGAACCGUCACCCUUUUGCCCUGUAUGGUGCAGGAGAGAGGAAGACAGAUAUGGCUUCCAAGAAAACCCACAAUGUUGGUCCUGCAGCAUCAACUGCAGAGAUCCAUGAGUCAGCGUUGCGAGCAAAAACCAGACGGGAGGUGGAAAAACAGAUGAAGAGAUUUGACAAACAAAGAACCAGAUCUGCUGACUUCGAAAAGAGCAGAAAUAAGAUUGUCCCUGAAUUCAACCCCUGGAUGACAGAGUACAUGCGCUGCUUUUCAGCUCGUUCUCGGUAGUACUGCUUUCUGAAAUCCUUUGGAAAUGUCAGUGACUAUCUAAACCUCUCAGGCUAAACAACCCAAAACACUUCACAUGAUGACUGGCACAUCUGUUCAGCUCACUUCCCGUCUUCCAGAAUGGGCCACAAUGAAUCAAACAGAUUUUAAGGUUUUUUAGGGGUUUAUUUACACCAUGGAUAUGUUGCAUUUACUGGUACAUAUCAAACAUGAAAACACAAUCCAUUGAUGCUGCAGGGCAAAUUGUCAAACAAUCACAUGCCUUGUUGCAUGAUUUUUGUAGGUCACGUAGAUUUACAGGCCAUGAGAUUUACCAGCGUCUCUUUACACUCUUAGCCAAUUACUUAAAUGUGUUCAGUAACUAUCAGACAAUUACAGACAUAUAAUGUGAUGUAUUGUAAUGUUGCGUAUUAUCUACAUUGUGUUAGUAGGUAGGUUUAAUGUAAAUAAAUCUGUUUUGUACUUUACAGAAAUCAUUUGCGCCAACAUGGAUCUUUGUAGUGUUAAUUAAUCAACACUUAAAUAAUCUCACAUUGGCAGUUGAUCUGUUAUAUUAAUAUCUGCGUUCUUUGAAAUGAGAUGUAUUAUUUUAUGUAUAUUCACACUAAUGGUGUAUUCCAUGUGGUAUUGUAUCAGAACAGUAAUAUAAUAACAUUAUAUAUAUAUAUGAAACAUGAAACUCACAGCAAAAUGACAAAUCAUUUUUGAAUGAGAUCAUAUACAACAAAAGCAAUUCCAGCUGUUCAUCAUCAAGCAUAACUUUCAUUCAGUGUGAUGUUAUUUGGUUUUUAGUAGCACUCAGGUAUUUCUUGUUGUAUUUUAUGUAACUUAUUAUUGAGAAAUAAUGAUAUUGGGAUAUUUGUACACUAUUUAUAUUUUAAGGGUAUUGAACUACUUUUAACUGUAUUUUUAGUUCAGAAUCUCUGAACAAAUGUACAGGUAUUUUUUCCCACAUAUCUUCAUAGUGAUUUAUGGCACGUACUAUGUGAAUAGUGUUGGUUGUAACGUAAGAAUAAUGCAGCCAUAAUGUAUACGAGCUACAUAAAUAUGAUGAAUAUCCAUUCCACUGUCUGUUAUGGAAGCAGUUUUGAAGGGUAUUAAAAUUUAAGUGUUUAGAUUACUGCCUGUGAAAGUAAGAUGUGUUUAUAUGCGAUGAGUUUUUCUUAACACUUUCUUUAUGAGGACACAGUCUGAUUUCAGUCUUAACAUUUUUAACAGGUUGCUGUUAAUGGUAUGUUAAAGUAAAAUAAAACAAAACAUUUUUCAUAAGUGUAUUACGGCUAUAAAAGUAGUUCUUAUGUUUGUCGGUAAGGAUAGUUUGUUCACAGGUUUGGUGCAGUAAAAUAUGAAACUCUGUUCUCACUAAUGCACAAGACCUCAUCCAUGUGUCAGAUCCAUGCAGCAAUUUAAAUGCCCCCUUUAUUCACUUUAACUGAAUGAAUUUUAUGAAUUGUUCCUUAACAUUUUUUUAAAGAAAUUGUUGCAUUUUCAUGAAGAAAGCUGUCUAGAAAGUUUUACACAAAUUACAUUGAUUUUACAAACACUGAUUUUACAUUCAGCAGCUAAAUUGUACAUUUGAUUAGGUCGGUUUUGAAUCAGACCUUAAUUCUUUACAUCAGUGCUACAGAUUUAUAAAGAUUCUUUUUUUUUUUUUUUUUU